AUGGCCGCUCCCGCAGCAGCACAGCAGACCCUGAGCACCCGCAUCCAGUCCCUGUGGAACUCCCCAGCCGGGCCAAAGACCGUCUUCUUCUGGGCGCCCAUGUUCAAGUGGGGCCUCGUCGCCGCCGGCCUCAAGGACCUCGGCCGCCCCGCCGAGGUCAUCUCGGUCCCGCAGAACCUCGCCCUCACCGCGACCGGCCUCAUCUGGGUCCGCUACUCGUUCGUCAUCACGCCCGUCAACUACUCGCUCGCGGCCGUCAACUGCUUCGUCGCCGGCACGGGCAUCACGUCGCUGUACCGGGCCUGGGACUGGCAGCGCAAGUCGCCCGCCGAGCAGGCCAAGAUCAAGCUCGAGUACGAGGCCGACCAGGCCAAGCAGGCGGCGCAGGACGCCGUCACCAAGCUCAAGGCCUGAGCCGGCGCGCUCUGCUUUCUCGGCGGCUCGAUCCGUCUUUCUCUUUCUCUUUCUUGCGGUUGGGCGUGUGCGCGGGACGAGGUGCGCGGCGCGACGAGGUAGAUACCAUGCUCGAGGAGGAGGGACGAGCGAGGGAGGGCCGGCGAUGCGGUCUGGAAUGGGGACUCUUUCUGUUGUGCUCACGUC